AUCGCUGGACUAUUCAGUAUAAAUAUCUACUCGAGUUUCUGGAUUCAACCGGCGAGGCCAAUAGAUUAUAUGGGAGGAGGUCUCCCAAGUGGCCCCAGUCUCGAUCUCCCGGGUUGCCUGAUAUACACAGGCUCAAAACAGGCGUUGGGCUCGACUGAAGUUUUUCCACGCAUUCAUCUUUACCGGAAGUAUGAAGGCAACGCGGAUCCCGCUUUUGUUGAUGGCAAUCUGCUCUUUAUGUGAAUCGACGAACCCCAUUGCGAGGACAAAAAACGGAGACGUCGAAGGAUUGCAACUCAACGUGUACGGCGAGAGUGUGCACGCGUUCCUGGGCAUCCCGUACGCGAGGCCUCCAACAGGAAUUCUCCGUUUCCAAAGACCUCUCCCCAAGGCUCCCUGGUCAAAAGUCAAGAAGACAAGGACCUUCGGAAAGCGGUGCUUACAAGAGGCGCCUCUGGACGUCCCGUCGGACCCGUACGCUCCGGUCCCCAAGAUGGGAGAGGACUGCCUAUACCUCAACAUCUGGUCGCCGGCGACUCGGAAUAACUCAAAGGCCGUCAUGGUGUGGGUCCAUGGUGGAGAAUUCAAGGAAGGUUCCUCGGACAAUCCGUUAUUCGACGGAUCCGUCUUGGCCGCCACUCAGGGCGUCGUUGUCGUCUCGUUCAACUACAGACUCGGCUUUCUUGGCUUUCUGAAUGCGGUGAACGUGAACGCCUCCGGGAACGCUGGACUGUACGACCAGGUCCUUGCACUCAAGUGGAUUAAAGAUAACAUCGAGGCGUUUGGAGGAAACGCUUCUCGUGUGACCCUUUUCGGAGAGGACGCCGGCUCAAUGGCUAUUCGACUUCAUAUUUUCUCCCCAGUCACUAGGGGACUAUUUCAAAGGGUGAUAAUGCAAGGAGGUGCCUUUUACGCGUCGAGGGGCGUCGAGAGCACGAGCCGUGGGCUUUUGAAGGCGGAUGCACUGGCGGUAGAGGUGGGAUGCUCCAAGAGUACCCAUUCCCUCGUGUCACACCCUCACGAUGUUCUGGAAUGUCUCAAGUCCCGUCCGGCUCUCGAACUUAUAAGCGCCCAAGCAGAACUACACCUGCAAGGCAUUGAAUCGCCUCUGCCGACGUACGGUACUGAAUUCCUGCCUCAAAAUCCCGAUCUUAUCUUCGCUUUGAAAGGGUUCACUGAUGCCGAAAUCCUUAUGGGGCAUAGCGACGCAGAGAGUCGCAAGUUCAUCUUCAGUGUGUUGGACGGUCGUUUCGAGUCACUGAGAAAGCAAAACAACAUGACCGUCAAAGACGGCGAAGUUGCACUUCACGUGUUGCUCAGCGCACUGGGAUAUCGCCGUCCGUCGGCUUCCGAAAUUGUUCAACAAUGCCUCGGAAGCACGCAGCCGUGUGACCCUUCUGGUGUGGUGGAGGCGGUCGAGCGUUGCGCGAAGGACUUUGCCGUAUUGUGCCCUUCCGUUGCUCUGGCCUAUAAGCUAGCAGAUGCCGGUCUGACUACCUACUACUACGCUAUCAGCUACAUCCCGGCGGAUACUGAAACCUACUCGAGGAAUCACGUGGAUCGCCUGACGGAGGCUUCCCUCGUCUUCGGAUCGCCAUCAAGGUUCCCAGGAAAAUACGAAGAGUCUGACCGAACGUUCAGCGAUAUGCUAAUGCACAUAUGGGCCCAAUUUGCUAAAGACGGGAAGCCACCAGCGGUGCACGGUACACUUUGGCCCCCGUUCUCCGAAGCCGGUCCCCUCUACGUUGAACUUGGUCCGGCUCAAAAGUUUCUAAAACAAAUUGAGGCGUCUCUAUGUAAACAGUCUAAAAAAUAGUGUGUGUUCGAACCAUCAAAAAUAAAUACCGUGAGAGACAUCGCUCGCAAAUUUUAUAAACUUCAA